AUGAUUGAAAUACUUUAUAGAGGAGGAAUGAUUAGACCACAUAUCAGAAGACCUUUAAUUUCAUCUUUAGAACUAUAACCCAUUGAUGAUCUCUCAUUAAAAUAACCCUUAACAUUACAUUCUUGUUCAUCGACUCCUGUGAUUACCAAAAUUGAAUUUCUUAAUAGAAGAGCCGAAUCUGAAAAAGAAUUUAAAAAAGUGCAUAAUACCAAAUCAAGUUUAGGUGAUACCAAUAACAAAGUGGAAUACUACUCCAAAGAUAAUAAUAUUAGAAAUCAAUUACAACCGAUUACAGAAGAAUAUUAAAAUCUGAAGUAUUCAAUUAUAAUCAAAACCAUGUUAAUCAUUUAAUUUGGAAUUAAUAAAGAUAUUAAAAUUCUUAAGAAUAAAUAUCACAAGAUUAAUUUUAUUCAAUUCUAGAUAAUCCAAAUAAAAUUACCUAAUCCGAAUAAUUUUAUAGCCUUAUAGAUAAAAGUUCUUUUUGACAUACUUUCAAUAAGAAUUAAGCAAGAAAAUGAAGUUAUUUUAUCAUUAACUAAUUUAUUUAUUCCUAAUUUUGGGUUGAUUUGA